AUGCGAAAAUUCAGGAAAAUCUUUCGUCCGGUUACGCAUAAGAAUGACUCGGUCCUCGCCUCACUCAAUGGUCAAUUGCCAUCGCCUAAUACGUCUCCCUUCAAACAAAAUUCUUCGAUGAUCAACAAUCAACUCUUAACAGAAUCACCUGUUGCUCCAUCAAAUCCCAAUACAUCCGCAGACGAUUCUUCACCCAGCGUACAGUAUGCCAAAAUGCGUAUUAUAUCAUCACCAGUCUUUCAAUUACGUGAUAUAAUCCGUGCUCUAUUAACAUCUGUUCCACCUUCAUGUGAUUUAAUUUCAACAUUUCUAACCUAUGGUCAAUCGUUAGGUGCAUCGACCAUUCAUGGCUACCUUGUCGAUCGAUGUUACGAUACUCAAACGUUGAUCAACGAUGAGUUCUCUUCGUAUCAAGGUGUAGCAUUAUGUAUUACUUACGAUGCACAAUUGAGUGAACAACAAUGGGAAGAUGUUUUCGGUAUACAUGAAUCCACGUCGACCAUCUCGAAAACCGCAUCUUCAUUCUUUCAUUUAACUGAUUUCCUAUGCAUACUAAGCGGUUCACGUGUGGUUUACUAUGAUCCUAAUGAACGUAUGACAAAUGACGAACGUGCCUAUGUGUCCAUCUUCGAUCUUGAAAAUGAUGAUAUUGAAAUGUUUCAAGAUCAAUUUUCUCCCUUAGAUUAUUUUCUCCUCAAAUCAAAGACGUUCUACAAUGGAACAUUGAUACGUUUACCAUUACGACAAACAUCCGUCACCCAAAUAGCAUCGCAUAUCCAAACAUUAGAUGAUAUUAAACAACAGAUUCUUCGAUAUUUCUUCUCACAUGAAUCAUUCAUUGAAUCAUUGUUAAACCAAACAAAUAUCAAUACAAUCGAAUUCGAUUAUACAAAAGAUUUUCAAAAUUUCACGCAAUUCUUAACCAUUGACAAACAUAUCUUAACCACCAUUCAUGAUGCUCAAUCAACAACUCAACUCAUCCAUAUGACACUAUCCAAACAAUUCGAUGAAAUCAAAACAAGUGAUGUCUCUCGGUGGUUAUUAUCAAUCUAUAAUGAUUAUAAUGAAACUGAUAAACGUGACAUUCAAUUAAAACUUCUUCUUCCUCUAUCACCAUUUUCUUCCUCUCCUGAAACGUAUAUUUUAUCAAGUUGGGCACGUAAUUACCAAUCGAUUCAAAUCACAUCCUCACGAAUACUUUACUAUUGUAUAAUUCCAUCUUUAAACACAUUCUGCAAAGAUGACAUGUGCACUCAAUUACGACAAAUUCAAUUUCCCAAAGCGUAUGCUCUAUUUUUGAAAGAUCUUUCAAGAUUGAUCAAACCGGCGACGACAACAUCAAAUCUAUCCAUUGAUUUAAUUUGGGAAUUGAUGCCUGAUAUCGAUGAACACCAACGAUUGCUCAACGAUAAUCAAAAAUAUUCUCUCCUACAACCACAACAACAAUUUUUGAAAAUUAUCAACAAUCUUAUUCCAGACAUGUGGGCAGAGAUCGGUAAACAAGAAUUAUUCUACUCAGUCACUGAUGGUUGGGGGUAUGUUGCCAUUGAAGAUAUGAUUAUCAACAACGUUCAAUCAGGUCCGAUCCAAGAUGUUCUAACAUUUGUCUUUUCUGAAGCCAAUGCACCUAUUGUUAUUCUUCCUCCACAUGUCAUCAAUGGUUUAUGUAAAUAUUCCAAUAAACAUUAUCUACAAGUAAUGACACCAUUUCAUGCAUCAGAAUUAUUAUCCAAGAAUGCUUCUAUCCUUUCACGUUUAACCUAUGAACAAAAAUUAUCCUUACUAACUUAUAUUCUAUUAAACGAUCCGGAUCCAGGUUUGGUUCUGGAAUUACAAUUGUUACCAUUAGCGAACAAGCAGUUUGCUACUUUUCAAAAGAAAUCUUCAUCAGAUAUUUAUAUACUUGACUACGGAACGAAUUAUCUGAAGUUAUUCAACGACAGACACUAUGAGAAAUUUCUCAGUCCGUUUAUUGACAAGAAGUUAUAUGAGAUCUUGUCGUCUCAAAACUUUCAAGUUUCUGCUUCACGAGCGCCAUUUGAACGAGGUAACGAUGAAUGUCUGCAACGCGUUCUUCAUGAAUAG